GAACAAGUGAAGAGUGAAUUCACACUUUAAAGAGCAGCGAAGACCAUCUUGCCAUGAAGCCGUUCACAGAUGAAGAUGUAGAAAUCUACAUCCAGAGCAAGGUGGAACGGCGGCAUUACCUGGUUUCCAAAGCAGUGGAGGAGGUGCAGAAAAUCAUCCAGCAGCUGACUGCAGAAAUCAGCUACAAGGCCGUGCGAUUCCAGGCUAUCUCCAACUCUGGCAUUCACAAUGAGAACAUCAAGGAUCAGCCAGCUUUACUGGCCAAGUGGUCAGCUAUGCUUCGGAGGAAGCGCCCAUUCCACCCAUCCAUCCAGGUCUUAGCACCCAGCCAGUUCCUCAUCACAGUUCCUCUGCGUGGCCUGACCGGCUACAGGGAAUGCCAGGUACGGCACUGGCGCUAUUACACCGUGAAUGGAGCCAAGCUCCUCUCCUCCGUGCGGGACCCUGAGGAAUUGCAUCAGUGGCUGGAGGUGGAGCAGUUCUCAAAAAGCCUUCAGCAGUGGCAUGAAGAGGAUGUGAACAUCGAAGGUGAUCUUGUUCCAGCCAAAGUCCUCAUCGUCUUCCGGGAGCUGGUGGAGAAGUCGAUCGUCUCCUGUAACCUCUCCAGUAAAGUGACAGUGCUGGAGAGCUUCAGCUCAGUGGUCCGGGUGGCUGUGGAGACGUCAGAAUCCCAGGUUGAGGUGGAGCUGGUCCCUGCUGUGGAGAUUCCAACAUGCUGGCCCGAGAAAGCCCGGUGGCCUCGUUGCCUUAGGCGUUGGCCUUCUCAGGAAAAAGUGCAGUGCAUCAAGUCGCUGGGUUUUGACCUCCUGGCCCGCUCUAAUUACCACUGGCAGCUGUGCUUCUCCCGUGCUGAGCACAUCCUCAUGGAGGGACUGGAUGAAGAUGGUGGUUGUCGCAUGAAGUGCUUCAGGGUCAUGAGGCAGAUGAAGGAAGAUGUCUGGUGUGCUGGGAAUAAGCCUGUCAUCACAGCUUAUCACCUCCAGACAGUGCUAUUCUGGACGUGUGAAAAAUACCCACGCACCAAGGAUUGGCGCUGCUUCCCUGAAGCCUUUCUGAGGCUGGUACAGAAGCUGCACAAGUGUGUAAGCCAGCACUUCCUCAAGCAUUACUUUCUCAAGAACACCAAUCUGCUCAAAUAUGCCAACACCAGUGACCUGGACCUGGUGGCCAGCAAGCUGGCAGUCUUCUUGGAGAACCCUGUUUUCUGCCUGGACUAAGGCAGGCAAAGAUCUUGCCCCAAGCCCGAGUAGAUCCCCCAGCUCCUCUCCCCACCUGUGGUUACCCCCCGUGUCCUUCCAGUAGAUGUUGCAGCUGGCUCUGUGAGAUGGUUGGCACAUGCAGCGCUAAAGAGAAGUGUCGAGCUGGCAGCGGUGGGCGGUGAAAACUGAUGGGAGGUAUCACUUGAUGCCCAGCUGAUCUAAUUUGCUUUCAACAGUGACAGCCUGCCUGGAAGCUACAGCCAGUGAAACCCAACUUUGUGUGUCAGUCAGAGCAGGCAACUGCCUUGUUCUGUGUUUCCAGUCUUGUGGCACCUAAGCUGAAAGGCAGCGCAAAGGAGUCUCGCUCUGCUGCCUCUGUAACCUAGCCCAUGUAUUGUUGCUGCAGUCACCUUUCUCACAAGGACAGCGGGUUUAAUUGCCUGCUUACCUCACAGGCCAGCUCUGCAGAGGGGCAGAGGAACAUUUCUGAGGUAUUCUGAAGCUGGAAGCUUUGUCAGAGGAAAUUCAAUUCAGUGAGAUCUGCUCCAGUAGGAAUCUAGUAGGAAUUUAACCAUGCUGCUAGUGUUGAAAAGCUCAGUGGAAUCAAGAAGAGGAACAACGGGUUUUGCCUCUUCUUUUUUCUUUCUUCCACUUAUAUUUUUCUUCCAAUUGCUUCAAAUAUGUCUUUUUCAUGUUUGCCUUUGCCAGUUGUGUUAGUGCCAUACAAUCAAGGGGCUUUGGCAGAUCAGAUUUCACUCCCAUCCCCAGCUCUAUCCAGCAGGCUGGACAAAGAGCAGGUCUUUCCCUAGUUGUUAACACCCACCUAUUUUUAGGUGCAGUGCAGAAGGAGAGUAUUUUUCAAAGGCUUUUAGCUCCAAGAUCCCCAGUGCUUUUAAUUUUGUGGAUGUUUCAAAAGAAAAUGGAUUUUAGUAUUUCAAAAGAACAAAGCUUUAGAAUUAAUAUAAAGAAUGCUGGGUUUAAUGUUAUUAAAUCACUAAGACUAAACCAAGACAGGGGGGGAUUUUGGGUUUGGAUUGGUGGGGUUUUUUUGUCACAUCUGUGCAGGAAAGUAAACAAGUCCUUUGCCAGGGUGGGAUUUGCAUCCCAUGCUCCAGGAACAAGGCACAUCUGCGGCGUGGCGUCUCCCCGUCGUGGCAGACUGCGGUACAGCCACGCGUCUCCAGCGCAGCCUCUGCCUCUGGAGCAGGCUGUCUUCUACAGUGUCUUCAGCAGAGUGGAUAUGGGUCAGGAAGGAUCUCAGCUGUGUGGUCCUGGUCUGGUCGUGUCUCCUGCAUCACACUCACCAUGUAUAGACCCGAUCCCAUCAUGUAAACUGGUACCCGCGUUGCUUCGAUCCUUGGAAUAACCUCCAAAUUGCCUUUCCACAUGGGUAACUGCGUUGUGUGAAACUGUUUCAAACAGUUAACUUCUCUUGCUAAACCUUUGUUCUCCAGGCUCCCUAAAUGGGACACAAGUGUCAGUUUCAUGAUGACACCUCCUGUUCAAGUGUGACUUUCCUGUUUCCUGUAAGUUGAGCUGUUUCAUUAAAGCACAAGGAAAUGCCAAUCUGCCAGGCAGAGUCAAACA